CGUAGAUGUAGAAAAGUAUCUACAUCUUCCUACAUCAGCAUCUUCAACAUCCAACACAAGUAAAUUGCUUAGCAGAAAAAUGGAGCUCGAGCACGCAAUAGGCUGCAACGUAAAGUGGACCGACAUCGCCAGAUAUCAUCCUUCCGGUUCGCUUGUAUCCGCGGUUGGAGCGCAGGUGGUUAUAUCGAACAUCAAUGACCACCACGAUCAAAAAUUUCUACACGGCCACAACGACUUCAUCUCCUGUCUCGCCGUAUCGAAUAGUUACAUUGUUAUGUUCUUGGGUGUGGGGCUUGGUAAAAGUCUAUGUCCGUAGCUAUAAUAUUGUUAUGUUCUUGGGUUCGGGAGGUGGUAAAAAUCUAUUUGUCCUCUACCUAUAUUAUUAUCCUCUUGGGUUCGGGAGGUGGUAAAAAUCUAUGUGUCUAGCUAUAUCCUUAUGUCCUUGGAUUUGGGUUCUAAUUGUCUAAUAUUUGAAUAUCACCAAAGAAAAGUAUCUGAAUCUGUCUGCUGCUAGGCUAGUGUGUCACAUGCAUUGUGAAUCAGUGAAGAUAUUUCCUAAUUUUUAGUGGAAGUAUAACCUUAUUGGAAGCGGUCACUUGUUAAGUGAAGGAGCCAGACGUGUUUUUCAAAAAUAUGGCAUCUUCUAAUGUUGCGACCGGGCAGCAAGGGAAGCAGGCGGAUGUGCUACUUUAUGAUGAGGCUGGAAAACCAUAACCAAAACCGAUUCAAAAAUGAGUUUUGCUUUAGCAGCGUUUCCUGAUCAUCCUGCUUCAGCACAACUUUUAUUUUGUCGGUGUAAUUAUUAAGUAAUAAAUACAUAUAGAUACAAAUACUUCUUAGAAGUUAGAAUCAACUGACAUACUAAAACAACUGUCGUCAUAGUAAUCGUUUUUCCUAUGGCAACGUCUCUUCAUUUCAACUGGGAUUACCAUUCUGGGACCUUGA